AUGGCGCACUACCACCCCGUCUCCACGGAGGCUUACGAAGACCUGGAGGCCGGCUUCUCCGGCCACUCCUCCUCCCCUCUGAAGCCAGCGGCCUCGCCGAGGCGGCCCGGCCGCAUGUUCUGCGACCCCUGCGACGACUCCGACGAGCUCCACGGCCACCACCACUACCUCGACAUCUGCUUCCGCUGCCGGAAACUCCUGUCUGGCAACAGAGACAUCUUCAUGUACAGAGGUGACAUGCCGUUCUGCAGCGAGGAGUGCCGGCAGGAGCAGAUCGAGAUCGACGAGGCGAGGGAGCAGCGGCUGAAGCAGACGGGGCGGGCCGAGCAGCAGCGGCAGCGGCAGCAGAAGCAGAGCCCCCAGAGGAUCCCCAUAUGGGCGUGGUGA